CAAAAUCAGCUGUUUUGUUGUACUAAAAUAAUGAGUCAUUCGUCGUAAAGAAAAAACCGAGAAUAUCAUAUUUACUCAUUUAGUGAUAAAUAAUAAGGCGUCAGAGACAAUUUUAGUGAUUGUGCAAAAUGUUCCGGUCCAAUAAUUUUGAUAAGCUUUUAGAUAAAGCUACCAGUCACCUUUUGAUGGAACCAGAUUGGCCUUCUACGUUACAAAUAUGCGAUUUAAUUAGACAAAAUGAUGUACAGCCAAAAUAUGCCCUAAACGCUUUGAAAAAGAAACUUAUCUCUUCUAACCCUCACUCUGCUAUGUAUGCCCUUUUAGUCAUGGAGAGUAUGGUCAAAAAUUGUGGACCUGUGUUGCAUGAAGAAUUGACAACAAAGGCAAACUGUGAAUAUAUACAUGAAUUAGCCAGAACUACAACUCACGAAAAUGUACGUGCUAAGUUGCUGGAACUUAUUCAAGCUUGGACUUUUGCUUUUAGAAAAAAUCCUAAGUAUGGCGCUCUAAAGGACACUAUGAAUGCGAUGAAGUCGGAAGGAUACAAAUUUCCUCCACAGCGAGAAACAGACGCCAUGUUUUCUGCAGACACAGCCCCAGAAUGGGCUAAUGGAGAAGUGUGCCACAGGUGUCGCGUGGCUUUUACCCUAUUACAACGCAAGCAUCAUUGCAGGGCCUGCGGACAAGUUUUCUGUGGAUCUUGCACCACAAAAAGCACUACUUUACCUAAAUAUGGAAUAGAGAAAGAAGUACGAGUAUGUGAUGCAUGUUUCGAUCAAGCCACAAAACCCUCCUCAGCAAAGCCUGCCUCUGUAAAACAGGAACCUGAAUUACCAGUGGAAUAUUUAAAGAGUCCAUUAUCACAACAAAAUCAGGAGCCGCCUAAAAAAACUGAGGAAGAACUUCGCGAAGAAGAGGAGUUGCAGCUAGCUCUAGCUUUAAGUCAGUCAGAAGCCGAGGCAAAGGAAAAGGAAAAAUAUAAAAUGCCUUCGGUACACACCACUUUCAAAGUUGAAGCCGCAGACCACGCUCCCACUGCAAUCGAAGAACAAGCCAAUCCGGAAUUAGCCAAAUAUCUAAACAGAUCUUAUUGGGAAUCGAUACAGUCGAACGAGACCCCUGAGCAAGUGAGACCAGCUAGUCCAUCAGCCCCCGCAACAGCGCCUGUCCAAAACAACGAUACCAAGUACAAGGUGAAAGAAAACGGUGUUGGGGAUAAUGAUUUGGAAGAGUUUAUACAAACGCUGAAGAGCCAGGUUGAAAUAUUCAUUAAUAGGAUGAAAAGUAAUUCGAGUAGAGGAAGAUCAAUUGCAAAUGAUACAAGCGUCCAAACCCUCUUCAUGAACAUCACGGCCAUGCACUCGAAACUUCUCCGAUACAUCCAAGAACACGACGACAAUCGUUUGCAUUUCGAAGGCCUUCAAGACAAAUUGACCCAGGUCAAGGAUGCCAGAGCGGCACUGGACGCUCUCCGAGAGGAACACCGUGAAAAACUGCAACGUGAGGCGGAGGAAGCCGAACGUCAGCGGCAGCUCCAGAUGGCGCACAAGCUAGAGAUAAUGAGGAAAAAGAAGCAGGAGUACCUGCAGUACCAAAGACAACUGGCCCUGCAGAGGAUUCAGGAGCAAGAGAGGGAGAUGCAGAUGAGGCAAGAGCAGCAGAAGCAGCAGUACAUGAUGCCACAGUAUGGGUAUAUCGGGUCACCGGUGCACGCCCCCCAGUUUCCCCCAAAUACUGCCCCGCCUGUUGCGGCUUACCACCCUUACCAGUUCAGUCCACACAUGAUGCCGCCGCAAAGUGCGCCACAUCAGAUGGGACAUUCGGGAAUGCCACCGCAAGGUUCUCUCCCACCUCAACCGUUACCUCAAAAUCCUGCUAUGAUGGGCCAACCGCAGGGCUUCCCACAAGGGCCUCCUACGCAGAAUCCAGGACAAAACCCACCCGUAUCUGGUCCUCAAACACAAUUCGCGCCACACGGACUUCCUCACCAACAUAUUAUGGUUCACGGUAUGCAACAGAUUGGUUUGCCACACUCGCAAAUGGUUCCGCAACAUCAGGGAGGCAUACCACCCAACCAAAUGGGAAUGCCGGCUACUCAGGCAGGCAUACCACAAACUCAGGCGGGCAUGCCUCUUCACCAAGCCGUAAUACCACAUUCUCAGGCCAAUAUUCCUACUAAUCAAAGUGGCAUGGGCCCUACCCAAACGGCAAUGAUGCCAGGCCAAACUGGUAUACCACACCAUCCAGGCCAAGGAGGCAUGGCACCAAAUCAGGUCAGUAUGCCCAACCAAGGUGGUAUGCCACACGCCGCCAUGCCCCUAGGCAUGCAGCCUGGGCAAGGUAUACCGCCAAAUCAAGUUAUGCCACAUCAGGGCCAAAUACCACCCCAAUAUCAAACUGUAGGCCCUCAAUCGAUAAAUCCGCAGCAGAACGGGGAAGCGGAAACCGCAGAACUUAUAAGUUUUGAUUAAUGUGAGCAAUUUUAAUUUCCGGAGAACUUAGCUUUAUGUAGCACUUUAUAAUUAAAUAUCUAUGUAAAUGGUUAUUUUUAAUAGAAGGUGUCCCUAUAAUUCGCUUUAUUCUAAGUGUAUAUUUUUUAUUUAGUGGAAGAUAUGAAUAUUAUACCAUAAUUAUAAA